CCAACUCAACCCCUCGUCUCUCCCUUUCUAUACAUACAACUCAAAAAUUCAAAGAGCUACCAGAACCAAAUCGAACCACAGUAUCUUUCUUCCAACUCUUUGUUAAUUCUCCAUAUCCAGCCAUCAAUGGCAAAACAAACAAAACCCAGCAACCUAACCUUACCACUGCUUUCAUCAGUACUUGUAGCCAUGUUAUUGAUGAACAUAGCUACUGCCAGAGAGCACAAAGAUACCAAGAUGACUGUAUAUUUUCAUAGUGUGUUUAGGGGACCUAAGGCUACUGUGGUCCCAGUGGCCGGCUUACCAAACAACGAAGCUUCGUUUGUGCAAUUCGGAACGAUUUUCGUCAAUGAUUAUGCGAUCACCGAGAUGCCUGAGAACACAUCAACAGCAGUUGGGCGAGCUCAAGGGGUGAAUGCAAUUGUUGGGCUGGACGGAAUUAACUCGCUGGUGAUGUUGUCUAUUGUGUUCGCUAAUGAGGAGUAUAAUGGUAGCACACUAGUGUUACAAGGGCUUAGUAAGCAGUUUGAUGAGGUUAGAGAGAUCCCAAUCCUUUCUGGAACAGGUCGAUUCAGGCAUGCAAGUGGAUUUAUUACAUUGGAGACAAUUUUUGUAGACAAGACUUCUGUUUACUCCACCAUGCGGUGUAACGUUUCUGUUUUACAUUACUAGGUCCAGUUGACAUUACUUUUACGUUCAGGAUUUGUGGGGAUUUGUUUUUUUCUCUUUUUAUUUUACUUUUCUUGUCAUAUGCAGUGAGAGUGGCUCUUGGCUCUUGCAAUCCAAAGAGACAAAGAUUAAAAAGAUUUGCGAGUAGCUCUUCUCUUCUUUUCGGGAAAAGACAUAACAUUCUUUAUCUGAGACUGGAUUGAAUUGGAAUAGAUUUCAGUUUCGGACUCGGACUUGGAUUCAUCUCAUCCGAUUCAUAUCAACAGACUUUGUAAUUGAGAUUCUGAGUGUUACUCGCUGGGAAAUUUUUUUAAAGUUUUUCUUUUAAUAUUUCUCUUCUUUUUUUCUUUUUGUUUUUAAUAACAUACUAUCCAUAAGUUUUUA